UCACGGGGGGAUGUGGGCAUGCGUGAUAGCGAACGUCAACCCCGUUGCUUUACGAGAGGCGAAAUCCCUCCAUGCGAAGAGGACCUGUUAAAAAGCCCGUCGGAGGAACACUAGACGCUCACCUCGGAAGGACCGGGAGCAAAGACUCCUCCUCGCUGCUGCCCGUUCUCCUCCGGCUACAAGUGUAGGCUAAGGCUACCCCCCCCACCCACCGCCUUAACAACACCAACCCACGGGGACGAGCCGACGGACGCAACCGAGAAAGGAAGUGAGCUCCUCGUCUCAUUCAUCGGGCAGAUGCUCCCAGCCGCCCAGCUUGACAGGAGUGAUGGGAUGUGUCAACUAGAUGAGGCAGUCCCGGAUGAUGUAAUCGGGCCGACGGAUUCGUCUACAGCGUUCACACAAGAGGGAGACCGAGGCGGGACAGACAAGGACAACAUCCAAGACGCAAGGAUGGGCGUGGGAAAGAAUACCAGCACCAAGUCGACUGACGGUAGCAGCGAGGCAGGGAAAUUGGAAGAGGAGAGCAAGCCUGGCGGCGAUUUCUACCCUAUACCGGUGGUGGUGAACGGCGUGGGGGGGGCCAACGGAGACCAAGACACCGAGAACACUGAGCUGAUGGCCGUCUACAGUAAAGAGAAUCAAGGAGCAGAAAAGAGCUCAAUGUGUGAGACAUUUGACAGCACCGACAGCUCUGACGCCAGGAGGAUGGACAUGAUCUAUACCAUUGAAGACACCCCACCCUGGUACCUGUGUGUGUUCCUGGGCCUACAGCACUACUUGACGUGUUUCAGUGGAACUAUCGCUGUGCCGUUCCUCCUCGCGGAGGCCAUGUGCGUCGGCUUCGAUCAGUGGGCCACCAGUCAGCUCAUCGGGACCAUCUUCUUCUGCGUGGGGAUCACCACCUUGCUCCAGACCACACUGGGCUGCAGGUUGCCCUUGUUCCAGGCCAGCGCCUUCGCCUUCCUCGCACCAGCCAGAGCCAUCCUGUCCCUGGACAAAUGGAAGUGCAAUAACACAGAGGUUUCACUAUUCAACAGCACGCAGCUGCUCAACACCGAGCACAUCUGGCACCCCAGGAUACGAGAGAUCCAAGGGGCCAUCAUCGUGUCGUCCCUGGUGGAGGUUUGCAUCGGAGCGCUGGGUCUGCCCGGGCUCCUGCUGAAGUACAUCGGACCCCUGACCAUCACCCCCACAGUGACGCUCAUAGGCCUCUCUGGUUUCCAGGCGGCGGGCGAGAGGGCAGGAAAACACUGGGGCAUCGCUAUGCUGACUAUCUUCUUGGUGCUGCUCUUCUCUCAGUACGCCAGAAACAUUCAAUUCCCGCUGCCGGUCUACAAAGCCAAGAAAGGCUGGACGUUCUACAGGCUGCAGGUCUUCAAAAUGUUCCCUAUCAUCAUGGCCAUCUUGGUGUCAUGGCUUCUGUGUUUCAUUUUCACCGUGACUGACGUUUUCCCGCCGGAAGUGGGCAAGUAUGGCCACUACGCCCGCACCGACGCCCGCCAAGGAAUCAUCGCAGCGGCUCCCUGGUUUAAGGUCCCAUAUCCCUUCCAGUGGGGGUUUCCAACGGUGACGGCUGCUGGUGUGAUCGGCAUGAUGAGCGCCGUGGUGGCCAGCAUCAUCGAAUCCAUCGGAGAUUACUACGCCUGUGCGCGUCUCGCCUGCGCGCCUCCCCCUCCGAUCCACGCCAUCAAUCGGGGAAUAUUUGUAGAGGGUAUUUCCUGUGUCCUGGAUGGUCUUUUUGGGACAGGAAAUGGCUCAACCUCCUCUAGUCCAAAUAUAGGCGUCAUGGGGAUCACUAAGGUGGGCAGCCGACGUGUGAUCCAGUAUGGCGCCGCCAUGAUGCUGAUGCUGGGGCUCGUGGGUAAAUUCAGCGCCCUGUUUGCCUCCCUCCCCGACCCUGUGCUGGGAGCUCUGUUCUGCACCCUGUUUGGUAUGAUCACCGCGGUGGGACUCUCCAACCUGCAGUUUGUCGACCUCAACUCCUCCAGGAACCUCUUUGUUCUGGGUUUCUCAAUCUUCUUUGGGCUGAUGCUGCCGAGCUACCUCAAACAGAACCCCCUGGUCACAGGCAUAGUCGAGAUUGACCAGGUCUUGAACGUGCUCCUCACCACUGCCAUGUUCGUCGGAGGCUCCGUGGCCUUCGUUUUGGACAAUACUAUCCCUGGCACCCUCGAGGAGCGAGGCGUCAAGAAGCUGAAACGUGGCGCCGGUCUCAGCGCUGCAGAGCUGGAGGGGAUGCGAUCCUACGACCUGCCGUUCGGAAUGGACUUCAUCCGCAGACACCAGUUCUUCAAGUACCUCCCGAUCAGCCCCACCUUCCAAGGCUACCAGUGGGGGCGGAUGAAGGAGGCUUGCAGGAGGAGGCCGGGACAUGGGGAUGCAGCAAAGGGGGGUGGAGGAGCGGGAGGGGAGGAUGUGAUCAUAUCGAUCAAGGAUUAUGCAAAAUGUCUGCAGCGGACCGUUUGCCACUAG